UUUUGCCACAAAUUAACUAUUUUAUUUUUAGCGCACGCCUCUAAUCCGGAAAACAUCACCGGUAGUCGGUUCUGAAAGUUCUUUUCGUCGCUUACGACGCUGUUAUGGCGGACAGAGUGCUGUAGGUUGGGAGCUGUGUUGACAUUUUUCUCGUUUGUGGAGUAUUUCAUCAAUAUUAGGACAAAUAACAAACAUCCAAGAUGCCUGUGCACUUCAAGACGAGUUCGGAAUACAAAGAACAUUACAAACCCAUCCAAUCAUUCAAGAGCGCCUCAUUCGCACCUAGUGCAGAACAAAAUGCUCCAGCAGCUGGCCAGCAGUCGUCAAAGCUAGGUGUGCCCUCUGAACCACCGAUUCAGAGGAAGAAGAGGCUGGAUGGACCCACGACAAGCCUUAGCAAUCAUUUCAAUCAGGGUCUCGAGUCCCCUGGGAGUGAGGAUUUUGCCCUCCUGGGUGCAAAUGAUAAGUUUAUGGAAAAUGUGAAAUACAAGGCCAAGUCUCGCGGUGCUUCUCCUCCCAAACAACAGAAACUCGCACAUACCAAGAAAGAAAAAGAAAACAGACAAGAAGUAUCAAAACCUAAACCGGCUCCUGUGGUAAAUACCGAGAUGUACCGAAGGUCUGCAAAAGAGGAUUCAAGACCUUCUAAGGUAGAAUCAAAAUCUAAAACUCAAGAGAGCCCUAAGGUCCCAACUCCUAUGGCCCCCAGGGAAAUGAAGGGUAUGCUGCCCUUACAGCUCAAGAGUGAACUAGAGGCGCCGAAAAUAUCAACGAAGAGCCCGGUAAAAUCUGUAAAGAAAAGUGCCGCUAGUGACAUGAAUGCCAACAAACAAGAGUCGCUGACCAAACUUCCUCUUAAAGACAAGAUGAUCAGUAACAUGAACGAAUCCGUACAGACAAACAUGGAUAAGGGGAUAGCACUGUCUGCUCCGGAGGCCCCCGCGGAGUUUGCCCUGAAGUACAAGGCAGGUAUUGCACCACCACGUCCAAAGAGGAAAGUGUCCGAGUACCAGAAGUCGUUUGACUGGAAGGUGGGAGGCAAGUCAUCGCCUCUCCUAGCCGCUGAGCAGGUGAGUGUACUAAAGAGACACAAGGAUAGCACACAAGUCUUUAUAAGUUUACUACU